AUACAAUCUUCCCCCACUUGGGUUGCGUGAGUUGUUCCCACUCAGCUGUCCCACUCUUCUCUUCUUCUGUGUCUAUCCCCACCCAAGCCCUCCCAAUCUCACUCUCACUUUCUCCAUCUUCCUUUCCCUCCCAUUCUUUUUAAUCCAAAAAAUGCCAAUCAACAGAGACCCUUCUACCCUCCGCCCUGAUCGCAAGAUCGGCCCCUACACUGUCUUCGUUACCCCGCCUUCUACACCUACGCCCACUGCACCACCUGUCUUUGAAUCUCCGAAGAAGGUGGCCGCGCCUCCUCUUGCUGCUGCUCCUCCUCCCCCUGUCAGCCGCCGCCCACAGUUUGCUAAGUCUUUUGUUGCUUCCGCUUCUGAUGGCCUUCUGGGUUUCUUCAAAAAUGCUGCCUCUAAAGUGCAAAACGCUCAUUCAAGCUUGGACCAUUUAGCUCGCUGGUUUGGCUUAAAUCAGUCCAAGUAUCAGUGGGCAUUGGAUGAUUAUUAUGAGAGCAAGGGAUUGGAAAAGGAUGGUGUAAAAGUGAAAGAAAUGUCAAGCAAAAUGCAGAGUGUGUAGCAUACUUCUUGGGUUGAACUUGCACCAAGUGAGGAUGCUUGUUGUGUCUCCUUUUUGUAUUAUAUCUAUAUACAUAAUGUAUGGAAUGGCCAAAAAGACAUUUGGAUUCUUGAAGAGAACUCUGUUGACUUCUGGGGAUCAGAUCAGAUCGUAUGUGCUUCUCUACCUACUGGAGCAGCUAACUGAGGUUGUUUGUGUACUAGGCUAGGAGUUGCUAGGGCUUGUGUAAUCUCCUUACAAUGUCAAUUUCUAGUAUUGAGAUUACUAUCAAAUGUUCAGGACAUACUGUUUAUGUAUUGUAUUUUUAUUUUAUUAAAAGCAUUAUUUUGUAGCAAUCA